GGGUUUCCCUGCGCGCGCUGCAGGGGGCGAGACGCCGGAGCGAGGAGAGCGACUCACUCACUCGCACACACACAACACACACACGGAGCACCGCACGCAGACCGAGCAGCGGCUCAACCAGGCGAGCGAUCGGCGAGUCGGAGCACCGAGUGACUUCAGAACAAGAAUCCGCGGAUCUGCACCUCCUGUCCGGCCGCUGUUUCAGUUCGCGUCCUAACCUGUUCACCUGAAAGAGAUGGUGAUGGAGAAACCCAGCCCCUUGCUCGUAGGGCGCGAGUUUGUGAGGCAGUACUACACACUCCUCAACAAAGCACCUGAUUACCUGCACAGGUUCUAUGGGAGAAACUCCUCAUAUGUUCACGGAGGUCUGGAUGGCAGCGGUAAACCGGAGGAGGCUGUUUAUGGCCAGGCUGAGAUCCAUAAGAAGGUGAUGUCUCUGCAGUUCAGCGAGUGUCACACUAAAAUCCGCCAUGUGGACGCUCACGCCACCCUGGGGGAUGGAGUGGUGGUGCAGGUGAUGGGGGAACUGUCCAACAGUGGCCGACCCAUGAGGAGAUUCAUGCAGACCUUUGUCCUCGCUCCUGAGGGCUCUGCUGUGAACAAGUUCUACGUGCACAAUGAUAUCUUCCGCUAUGAGGAGGAGGUGUUUGGAGACUCUGAGGCGGAGCUUGGAGAGUCCGAGGAAGAGGAGGCAGAGGAAGAACAAGUGGAAGCUCAUGCCUCUCCUGAACCUUCUCAGGACUGUUCAGCUGGAGCAGCUUAUUACGAGCCUCCCCCAGUCAGUAAUGGAGUUGAAGAACAGCAGGAGGAGGCAGUGCCAGAGGUGGAGCCUGAGCCACAGCCUGAACCAGAAGCCAAUCAGGAGGCUGAGGCCGAGCUUAACCCAGAGGCAGAGUUGCAGGUGGAGGAGUCUGAGCCUGAUGUGGAAGAGAAGCUUCCAGAAGAGCCAGAGGAGAAAGCUCCCACUCCUGUUCCUGCCCCAACUCCUCCCCCACAGACCCCAGAGCCACCCAAGACAUUUUCCUGGGCUUCAGUGACCAGUAAAAAUCUUCCACCCAGUGGAGCUCUGCCUGCAUCUGGAAUCCCACCGCAUGUGGUUAAAGCCCCCAGCGUACAGCCCCGGGUGGAGGUGAAGCAGGAUACUCAGGCUCCUUUGCCAAGAGACCAAAGGCGGGAAAGGCCUUCAGGAUUCACUCCACGAGGACCCAGACCAGAUGGAGCUUCAUCUGAAGCUCAGGGAGGAAAGCCCUACUUUGGGUUUAAAGGUCGAGGAGAUUCUGAAGGCGGGGAGGUUGAAGGCCGUCGGGCGGUCCGUUAUCCAGACAGUCACCAGCUGUUUGUGGGAAAUCUUCCUCAUGACAUUGACGAGGGCGAGCUCAAGGACUUCUUCAUGACGUUUGGGAAUGUGGUGGAGAUGCGCAUCAACACAAAGGGAGUCGGAGGAAAGCUACCCAACUUUGGCUUUGUGGUGUUUGAUGACUCCGAGCCAGUGCAGAGGAUUCUGGGAGCCAAGCCCAUCAUGUUCCGCGGUGAGGUGCGUCUGAACGUGGAGGAGAAGAAGACGAGAGCAGCUCGGGAGCGGGAGACCCGAGGCCCCGGAGACGGUCGUCGUGGAGACCGUGGCCCCGGUGGUCCACGAGGCCCUAUGGGGAACGGGAUGGGUCGGGACGGGCGCGGACCCCCCUCGACCCGCGGUGGCAUGGGGUCUGGCCGAGGCGGUGGUCAGAGCGGAGAGAGCAGGUUCACUGGAGCACGCCGCUGAGGAGUGUUCGCCCCCUACCGGCCGGGUGGUGGAACUGCUCUCUGUAAUCACAUCAAUGGGCGAAAAAAUUUUCUUUCCUUUUUUUGGCUUUUGGAAUGUGACCGGCCAUCAAAACCAUCUGAUGUGAAAAGACUAAACAGAACUCACUCUCUCACACUGAUAAAGGAGUCGUUUUUUCCAAAAUCUUCAUCGCUUUCUAUUUUUGUUUGUUUUUUUUUCUUUUUUUUUUUGUUUUUCUUUUUUCUUGGCAAAGAGAAAAGGAAGGGGCGUGGUUUAUUUUCUGUAGAACAAAAAAAGAUGAAUGUCACGAAAGGGGUUUCCUCAUGGAACUGUCGACUCGCACAUUUUUUAAUGGACAUGAACAUCAAAGCUUCAAAAAAAAAAAAUCAACGCUCACUGUACAACUUAUUUAUUUUGUUAGUUAAUAAAAAAAACAGUGGUGGUGCCUUAAACUGUUCUCUCGCCCAUUUUCUCUUACUCUUUUUUUCUAUCUCUCAUUAUUCUCCCAGUUGCUGUCUCUCUCUUUCUCGUCCUGUGAAAGGCUAAAGGACUAAAGCAGUCGGAGUGGAGCUACCGCAUUAAUUAACUCAUCGCAGAAGGCAGUCGUUUGAUGGCAAGGCAGUGUUACCGGUACUGAUUCUUGAUGAUCCAGAUUAGUACUGUUUAUGUGGAGUUUUUUUUAUGUAUAGAUGUUCGUUUUUAGUCUGACUCUACGAAUAGCUGGUGCAGCAGCUUGCUGAAGCAGAGCUUACAUACCUGCAGUAUUCCAUACUCAGUUUCAGUUUGAUUUUUUUAUUUUUUUUUUUUCCUUCAUUUUCUAAUUUUUAUUAUUUUUAUUUUUUUUGCCCUCUGAUACCUGAAACCACUGUUUUGCACCGCCAUUUACGGAACAGGAAGCUCUGUUUGAUAGAGUUCUGAAGCUUGGUUGUCUUGCACUUUCUCCUCUACCCCUCCACUCAAGCUUUGGUUCCACUCCUCAUUUAUUUUUGGUAUAAUUUGUUUUUCUUUUUCCCAUUCGUUGCGUGGGUUUGGAUCUUACUUCCCGUUGGCUUCAGCAGGUUAAGUUUGAAUGUGUUUUCAACUUUCAAUAAACUACUGAUAUCUGCAAACAUGUCUGAUUUACCUCUUUUAUUUUAUCUCCUUUAUUUGUUUUGGGGGAAUGUGUAUGUUAUCACACAGCUGAUUUGUAAAAUAAUCAAAACUUUGAAUAAUUUCAGUGAUUUGUAAUUUUUUUUAUAUAUAUACACUUAAAAGGUUCGUAGGCAACCCUCUUCCCACAUAUUUGAAUGCAAAAGACCUUCAGGAAGAUAAGGUGGAACCGUGUGAUGGUGCACUGUUCUACUGUGCAGCUUUAAUAUUCAGGGAAAAUUUAUAAAAAUGAGGUCACCUAAAUGGCUAUGUUAAAUUUAAAGACUGAUUAGAAAAUGUUUAAAGAGUCUGUUAUGUUGCGUUUGAGUUUAUUUGGAAGUGUAAGAAUGCUGUCUGAAUGGUUGGAACUAUGGCUAAAAUAAGCACCAUCACCCCAAACCAACUUCCGGAACUUCACAUCUGAUUCAUUUGAGUGUUUUUUUGCAACAGCACUAAAUAUGCUGUACUUUGUUUGCAGUACGGAAAUAAAGCUUUUCUGUCUUUGUAA